CCAACAUUGAACAUUGAAGCUGCAACUUUCAUAUACGUACAUACCUUCACAGUAGUACCACCUAAAGGUUAGCAUAUAUCAGGAACGUUGCAAGUUGCACAAUUGCACAUUGCACGGUCUUUUAUAAGAACCUCCGUCAUGCUCGCUGGUUCCAAUACCUCAAUUAUUUAUAAACACCGUUUUUAUACUAUGAGAUCGUCAUAGUUGUCCCGUAAACAUGUGGAUUUUACCUCUUGUCGGCUAUCUAGGCUCUAUCGUCGGCUUCUGUUUCUUAACCCUUGCCAUCGCUUCCGGUCUUUAUUAUCUCUCUGAACUUGUCGAGGAGCAUACUGUCAUCGCAAAACGAUUUCUCACCAAGCUUAUAUAUUCUAUAAUUGGCCUUCAGUUACUACUAUGCCUAGUCGAUGGAUUUCCCCUUCUCUUGACACUCAUGGGUGUGACUUCUCACGUUGUGUACCUCGGCAAUAUGCGACGCUUCCCUUUCGUCAAGUUGUCUGACCCGUUAUUCAUCGCCUCAUGUGUGUUGGUUCUUGUUAAUCACUAUUUCUGGUUCCAACACUUCUCCGAGGCCCAGCAGCGCUCAUACUCGCGUAUGACCUCGAUGUACGAUCAGCCGGACGUUCCAAGUUUUACCGAAAUCGCCUCCUAUUUUGGCUUAUGCGUGUGGCUCAUCCCUUUCGCUCUAUUUGUCAGCCUGUCCGCCAGCGAUAAUGUCCUGCCUACGAUUGGCACCGAACAGCCCUCGCGCGAUGCCGAUGGGAAGAAUAAACGGCAGGGCAUGGUCAAACUAAUCGUGGAGAAUAUACUCUCGGUUAUUGGAGAGGUUACGCGCCUAGCAGGGUGGAAGAAGCCCGAGGAUCGCUUCUGAGUCCGCUGUGGAUUAGUGUUGUAAUAAGAUAAUGAAUGAUGUUGUAUAUAUGAACGCUAUGUACGUUAGAAGUUGACGAAAUGAGCUUAGCGAGUCGUAUGUCCACAUCCGAAUAUACGUGAAUGCCAUAUAGAUUGGGCAGUUCAUGAUUUAACUUUGGAUGAUAUAUCACUAAGCAAGUUCUCGAAGAGCAGCGCAUGAGUCCUAAUAAUUACAAGCUUAGACUAGAUGUAAGAGUGGGAUCAGGUAGAGUCAGUAUGCUGAUAGGAGUGUAUUUAAUCUAAAGCUUAAGGAGUGAAAGAGAAGCUAUUCCCGUUUGCCAAUGCCUGGCAAUCUUAUAUCCUAUAAAGGGGGAUUACGUAACAUCUGAGACAUUAGGGUUCAUGAGGCCCACGAGGCCUGUUGGAACAGAUAAGGUGGUUCC